UAAAGAAGCAAUAAUAAUGAAGGUUACCUACCCAUUACCAACUGACAACUAUUAGCCGACGUUCCUACAACGUGGUCACAACGUGCUGGGACCGUCAAGAGUUACGUUGCCACAACGAAUCCGGGGCUGUAUUCGGAAUGGCAUACUACAUGCUACUUGCGUACUAAAUCUGCCUAAAGCUAGUAUGCAGUACGCAGUAUGCGACCAAACUGCAGAUCUGUAGUGCACUACAGGUACCCGGAUGGUCUACUACUCCGCUCCGAUUUCGCAGUGUGCAUGGGGACCUAUCUUCGUGGUGUACUGCAUCCCAACAUGCAUUGCGGCUUGCUUCAGAAAAAAAACAGGAUGGCGGCUGGUGCGAGCGAUGAAGCGCAGAACAGGGGGAACUCCGAGUAUAAAUGGACUGAUGAGGACACGGCCGAGUUGAUUGCGUGGCGUUCAGCCAACGAAGGGCUGUUUACCGGCAGGUGCAAUGCUGCUCAAAAGGGAUUUGAGGAAUUCAUCAGAAUGCGUGGCCUGACCGGAUCCAUAGAUCCAAUGAAAAUUAAAAGAAAAUGGGAGAAUUUAAAACAAAAGUACAAGGAGUUGAAGGCCCCCAGGACUGGGGUUAGCACAGAGGGAGGAGAAGCCACUGCAGCAUCCUGGAGGUGGUAUGGUUUAAUGGAUGAGGCACUACAGCGGAGGCCUUCUAUAAAUCCUCCACUUGUAGUGGACUCAUCCGCCCAGGAUGUUGUAGUGGCUUCCUCUCCCUCGGUGCCCCUGAGACAGUCCCCAACACCUCCAUCAAAAAGGAGAAGGGAGACAGAGUUGCUGUCUUUCCUGAAGGCGAUGCAGGACAGGGAUGAGGAGCGAGAGAGGGCUUGUCUGGAGAGAGAGGAAAGGAAAGAGAGAGAGGCACUGGAAAGGGAGAACAGAAAAGAAAGAGAGCGUCUUGAAAGAGAAGAGAGGAAGGAGAAAGAAUGGCAAGAGCGAGAGGAACGGAGAGAGAGAGAGAGGAGGGAGUGGGAGGAAAGAAGAGAAAGGGAGAGUGCAGCAAGGGAAAAUAAGCUGCUUGAUGUUCUUAAACUUUUAUUAGAGAAGAAAUAAAUUGAUACUUGUUUCACAUCUUGUCUUGGUCAUUGAAAUAGCCGAUAAUGAAAAAAUGACCCUUACUUUGUUGCUUGCAGAGAGAGACAGAUAGCACACUUAAAUCACAGGGAAAGUUUAGUUUGCAUUAGCCCAAGGUGCAUACAUGGCAAAUAAAUAAAUAUAGCAAAUAAAAUCUCAUCAUUUUACACAGGUAUAUAUAGGCUCUACUGUAUAGCUAUAUCUAUAUUUGCAAACUGUAAGUGUGGCAAAGUGUCAGUUCACUGUAAACAUUGUAGCAUAUGUAUGACAGGAUAAGUGCUGUAGGCAGCGUUAAAUAUGGAUAUUAAUUUAUAAAUAUUAAGUGUUUAAAGUUAAUUGGUACUUUACAAUGUCCCAGCAGAGUGAAGAUGAGCAAAGUGAUUUGCUGUGGGUAGCAAUGAUCACCGUUCUUUGCUGCAGCGGGACUAAAUGAGUCUGUUGCAUUGUUGUCUUUCUGGAAGAUUGUGGAGAAGGUGUAAUGUUUUGUGCGGGAUAACGGUAAGUGUUGGCAUUUUCCUUUUAUCCAAAACAUCAAAACUGUCAAGUGAGCAGCCCGAACUGAACAAGCCUUCCUAAUCGGUUUGUUUAGCUUAUUUACAUGCAGACAUUACAUUUCUGUCAAAUUGGAUGUACUAAUGUAUGUACAGCAAAGAUGGCUCAUUUCCAAAAGUUAUGUUCUUAAACAUCCACAUGACCUUCAGAGGAAAGUAAUCUAAAUUCGAAUCUGCCAUACUUAUUACUUUAAAUUUUAAACAUACUAUAACACUUCGAUGUCAUUACAAAGUAUAAGAAGUUCUCUGGAACAAUUGACAAAGGGACAGGAAGUAAGUUAAGCACAAAACACAGAUGUGUGUGUCAUAUUUUUACUAAUGUAACAUUCUCCUUUAUGCAGGACAUUUAAAACGCCAGUUAUUUAUUUACAGUUGAAACCAUUUGAACCUAAAUCAUAUGUAUAUAAAUAGUAUUAAUUGAGGUAAAAGAAAAAAACAGAUUGCAGUAUAUUGAAUAGAUUGAUGACAUAUUUAACCAGUUAAUCAAACAAAACAACUAAUCACUGAAAUAACUUAUUUGAAUAUUCCCCUUUUAAUAAUCAUGUUCCCGUAGGGCUGAGAUGGCAGCACCUGGGGCUGACACAGCAGCGGCCAGUCUGUCCCGAAGACCGUCUCCAGGUUGUGCUGCAGAAGUGUGUUCCUCAGCCUCUGCUUCCCCAGGCUCCUCUUCUGGUUCACCCUCUGCUGACUCUACAAUGUCACCAUUGGAAAGGCACAGGUUGUGCAGAAAUGCACAGCAGGACACCACCACUGGUGCAAACGUGAACUUCACCUGAAAAUAA